UAGCAUCAUCAAAUAAACUCUGUAAUUUGAUUAAUGGGAAUUACAGAACAUGUGGCACAUUGUGAUAAAUUCAUUUGUGUUAACAGAGUGGUCAGCCCUCGACGUUAUCUUAGCUUGACGACCGUGGUAUGCCGAGAUAAAACUUUCAUAAAAAUAGCCAUCUGCCAUUUUCGGACAUAAUAUUACAUUUUCUUUAUUUAUACAUGGAAUAGAUUUAUGGAAAUAUUUCAUCCGUUCGAAUUCAAUUAAAGAAAUUACCCGUGAUUAAAGUCUAUUGUUAUUGAUAAAAAAUAGAUAAAAACAAUUGAAAUAAGCCAAUUUUGAUUGUCAGAACCUUCGUUAUUAAUGAUUUAGAUAUGAUGAAGUGAUUUCAUUUGGAUAUUGUACUGGUUAGGAGAGACAACAUCAAGCAACUGUGUAACUUUCAAUAAGGAAAUGAUAUAGGCUUAAAUCAUUUCCCAAAGGAAAACAAUUUAGCAAAAAAUGAAAGCAAGGAGGAAUUAUUAAAGAUAAAAAAUAAUUUAAAAAAGUUUAUCUAAUCGAUCUGGAACAAUUUAAGACAAAAAUGGAAUUGGAUGAAGCGGACCUUCGGAGUUGUAAAGCCGUGUGUGAGCUAUGUCCUGGGGACCCCAUCGGUACUUUUUCUGCGGUUGACUACGUACUGUUUGGAGCCGUUUUAGUUAUUUCCGCCGGUAUCGGAGUAUUUUACGUUGUAAAGGAGUAUCUGAGUUCAAAAAGAGCUACAGCAGACGAUGUUUUGAUGGGAGGACGAGACAUUGGUAUAUUCCCUAUAGCAAUGAGUUUAAUGGCAAGUUUCAUGUCGGCUAUUACAGUGCUAGGUACUCCGACGGAAAUGUACAAUAACAACACGAGUUAUUGGAUUGCCGGAUUGGCAAUGAUUCCAACUGUGAUAACAACAAACCACGUUUUCUUACCGUUUUUCCACGACCUUAGCCUUACCAGCGCUUAUGAGGUGAAUAUUUCCUAAUAAUUAUUCUUUCUUUUAUUACAUAACUUUCUUCCUGUUUUGAUUUUGUCUACAUCGAUGAUUUUUACAAACAAGUUAUUAUUGUAUAUGGGUGUAGUUUUAUAUGCCCCAGCAUUGGCUUUAAAUCAAGUGACGGGUCUGUCGUUAGAACUUUCAAUCGUCUCAAUAGGAAUUGUAUGUACGUUCUAUACAGCACUGGGUGGUUUACGGGCUGUUGUGUGGACAGAUACGUUUCAGACAUUUGUAGUGAUGGCUGGACUCAUCGCUGUAACAGUACAGGGCUCGCUAGAUCUAGGUGGAAUAGAUAAGGUCUGGAAUAUAGCUUACAAUGGAGGAAGAAUCUUUUUCUUAGAUUGGAGCGGAGAUCCGACGACACGUCAUUCUGUUUGGGCACUUGUGAUUGGUUCAUUUGUUGGUCAGCUGACAAUUUAUGCAGCCAAUCAAACAAUGAUACAACGAUAUUUGGCAAUCAAGGAUCCAAGAAAUUCACAAAAGGCUUUAUACCUGAGUUUACCUCUUACCCUAAUACUCUCUACUCUAGUCUGUGUGGUAGGAAUUGUUAUAUAUUCAACAUAUCAUUCGUGUGAUCCACUAAUUCUUGGACAUGUGCACGCCCGAGAUCAGUUACUACCUUUUCUAGUUAUGGACAAAUUAACGUUUCUACCGGGACUAUCUGGUCUGUUUGUGGCCUGUAUCUUUAGCGCUUCUUUGAGUUCUAUAUCGUCGGGAUUGAAUGCUCUGGCUAUUGUUAUACUGGAGGAUAUAGUGAAAAUAUUCUGGGAAAUGAAGAACAUAAACCCAACCCCUACCACCAUUGCAAGACUUGCUAAAUUAUUAGGCUUGUUAUGUGGUGGUGUAGUUAUAGGUGUGGCUUUUAUUUCUCAGUUCCUUGGACAAACUGUUUUACAGAUCAUGUUGAGUAUAUUUGGUAUGGUUGGAGGUCCGUUGCUAGGACUUUUUAUAUCUGGACUUUUCAUGCCAUGGAUAAAUGAAUGGGGUGCUUUGUUCGGACUCAUAGUAAGUGCGGUACUAACAUUCUGGAUUGGUGUAGGAGGAACAGUUCUUGUUCCAUUACCUGAAAUAAAACAAGUCAGUGCUGAUAUGUGCUUGAACUUCAACAAUUCGUGUGGUGCCCAAACUGUCAUGGAUAAUCUCAAUGUGACAGGCAAUAUGGUGACGUCAACUAUAAUGACACCUUCAUUAUCUACAUCAUCAGAAAGCAGUGACAUAGUUGAGGACAACAGUCUCUGGAUAUAUCAUCUGUCGUAUUUGUGGUAUGCUUUGUUUGCCGUGUUGAUCUCGAUAAUUACUGGAACAAUAGUGACAAUUAUAUCAUCUUUAAUCACAGAGUUUAACGAUCCUGAUGAUGUGGACCCUACUCUGAUACAUAAAGCAGCAGAUCGUGUGUGUUGUUACUUGCCUUUAUGCUGCAAGAGAAUCCAUAGAUUCGAUAGAAAGAGACAUGAAAAAAGAGGGAUAGAAUUAGAGAAGUCAGUAUAUAUAAAUGACAGUUUUGAACCAGGGAUUGACAAUAAUGGCGUUACACCAUAUUUGACAAGUGUAUCCAAUGGUGGACAUCCAUCUGCUGGAAUAGUGGAGAGCGGCACACAAUUAUGAUUGUGAUCGCAAUUAUGAUUGUGAGAUGUAUUUCAUGAAUCGCUAAAAAUUAACAAGAAGACAUCAAAAGUGCAAAUUAAGAAAACAGUUCACAGAUUUGUGCGAUUUAUUUUAAAUGAAUUUAUAAAUGUGCAAAAAUUGCAUUUGUACACAAUCUUGUUAUGUUUGAGCACACAGUUAACUGUUUACUUAAAAAAUCUAAUGUAUUAUAUUAAAUCUAAAUAUAUAUUUAUAUUCAACUCGAGAAUUUAAAGUGUUAAAGGAAAAUGUUAAAAAAAUAAAAAUCAUUUUAAAUCAUUUGCGUUACCUUCCUCAGAUGUGGUCUUUGUCGUACAUAAUUUGUGUAUUAUGAUCAUUCUAUAAAUUGAAUCAUUAUUCAACCAAGAAUAUAUAUCGAAAUGCUAUGUUAUUGUGAUUUGUAUGGAAUACUAAAUACCACUUUGUUUAUAUUUUGUAACAAUCAUGUUACGUCAUAUAAAUAAAUCAUAUUCAGCGCUGUUUUCUUAAAAGCAUCUCACAUGUGUUAUACCAUUUUAGAUCACAUUUAUUCAUUAUAUUACUUAUUUCUACAGAAUGAAACUAAAACAUUUUUGAGAAUUUCAUUGCCUUUAGGUUAAGAAGGGUUUUUGUUUUGGAAACUUUUACAUACAUGUAUUUGUUGUCGCCUGUCUUCUUAACCUAUGAGAAAGAACUAAUGACAACGUUAGGACGUCAUAAAAGUUUUGGAAAGGAAAAUAUUUAAAAGCCAAUGGGAAAAAGAAAUAAAAUGUUGAAAAUCAGUUUGUUCAGGAGAGAUAAAGUAUAAAAUCUUUUACGCCCAACCGGCGGUUUAAACAGUAUUAAAAGGAUCAAGGUUUCGGAUCAAGCACAUUUGAGUGUAAACAGCUUUCUUGAAUGUUCAGGGAGAAGGAGACAGUGGACCAAGUACAAUGAUGAAAAAAGACAGUGAGUAAAGUUAGGGAUAGGAAGUGAUGGAAAAAGAACCGUUCAAAGUGUAGGAAACUAUGUUUAAGGAACAGUUGAGACUGAGCAUAGUAGACAGUGAGUUUAAUUUAGGCAGCAGAAGACAGGGUAAUCAGGAAGCGACCUUCUUAGAGAAGUAGGAAGAAGUGAGCUAUGUUCAGGUAGCAGAAUGCAGUCAGGAAGUAAUGCAUUUGUAGACCGGAGAAGCAAAGGUUAGAAAGUUAAAAGACAGUAGAGAACAUUUAGGAAGAAGUAUGUAGACAGAAAGGAGUGACAAAAAAGGGUAACUGUAAGUAAACAGUAAUGUGAAGGAUGUAGAAGAAUGUUCAACUUGUCGUAGAAAGUGGCAAUGAACAGUUCCGGGGUAAGUAGUAAGUGAGCUAUGUUAUAGAAAUAAAGAUUACAGAACGAGUAAUGAGUUAAGUUAAGUGUGAAGAAGAUAGUGAUAAUAUAGAAAGAAACAGCAAGCAUAGCUUACACAAAAGAAGACAGAAUGUUACUAAAUUUGACCGGGUUGAAAGGUAGACAAUAUUGACCACUAUAGACCAAUGUAUAUUUUAAAUAUAAUUUACAUAUCGAUAUAGUAAUGACAAACAAACGAGAAAUAACACAUGUGCAAAAUUAAUUUGUUUCAUAAUUUCUCGAUAGAAUUUAUAUAAUGUUUAUGUAUUUUUCACAUUUUUAAUAAUUUUCGGUAUAUUUUGACAUAAUAAAUCAAUUUUUUAUCCAUUUCAACUGAAUUUAUGAAAGUAAAACGUUUUCUGUACGUAUUUUGUCAGGGAUUACUAGUACUUUCAAACGUAAAUCCUUGCUUGAGGGUAAAUGAUUACCUUAAACUUGAAAUUUUUGUUGUUGUUGUUUUAUUUAUAUUUUUUGUGGGGAGGGGGUUAUUGAUGGCUUUUUUAAAUAUAUUAACAUAAAAUGAAUGAUGCCAAAGCAAUGUGGGUACUUGGAAAUUCUAUAUAAUAAUUACUUCCGAAAAUUACUGCGCAAUACAACUUCUUAUAAGAAAGGAUAAAACACAGAAUUAAGACGUGGCAUUCAAUUUUGCAAUCUAUCUUUAUUGCCUUGUUAUAUUUCAACUUUGAAAACCGUAUUUGCGAAAAUGCAAAUCACAUCAAAAAUGAAGUAAUGUGACGGCUGCGUUGCCAAAUGGUUGAUACGUUGGAUUUGUAAUCUUAGCAAGACAACCCGCGCGGGUUCAAACCCCGUCAGGGACAAACCCCUUUCAGGGACAGACGUUCUCCCCUUUCAGCAAAAUAACUCCAUCACACCCUUUGCUUAGUAUAUGUACUAUUUUGUUCAAGAGUGUGUCUAUAAGCUUACACAUUGCUUCACAUUUACUCUUCAAUAAAUUCACUUUAUGUUUAAUAAUUGUUACAAAAUGAUUAUGUAUAUGGUCCACCUAAUUCGUAUCAAACGAGAAUAAAAGCAACACAUUUUUUAAGAAUUUUAUUCUUUCCUGUUCGUAUAAAACAGAUAAACAGAAAAGGUUGACACAAGCAGGGGCAUACAUGAAAGUACAUCUGAUUACAUUUUCAUCAGUUCUUUUCGUACAAUUGUUUUUCAAUACAUAUGAUUUUAUGAACACUGACUAUUUUUUCACAGAGGUAGCCACCCCAACAGAU